UUGUUGCUGUGAAGUUUGCAGAAACAUGGCGGGCAUGGAGCUGCUGUCUGAUCAGGGAUACCGCCUGGAUGGAAGAAAAGCCGCCGAGCUGCGGAAGGUUCAGGCCCGCAUGGGUGUGUUCGCUCAGGCUGACGGUUCUGCGUAUUUAGAGCAGGGAAACACGAAGGCUCUGGCUGUGGUUUACGGUCCACAUGAAAUGCGUGGUUCAAGAAGUCGGACCCUCCACGAUCGAGCUGUUAUCAACUGCCAGUACAGCAUGGCCACGUUCAGCACAGCGGAGAGGAAGAGGAGGCCGCACGGAGACCGCAAAUCCACUGAGAUGAGCCUCCACCUGAAGCAGACGUUUGAAGCUGCUGUGAUGACCCAGCUCUUCCCGCACUCCCAAAUCGAUAUUUAUGUCAAGAUUCUACAGUCAGAUGGAGGAAACUACAGCGUGUGUGUGAACGCUGCCACCCUGGCGGUGAUUGACGCUGGGAUCCCCAUGCGAGACUACGUGUGCGCCUGCACCGUGGGCUUCGUCGAUGAGACGCCCCUCGCCGACCUUUGCUAUGCGGAGGAGAGCGGAGGAGUGAGCUCUUUGGCUUUAGCGUUGCUGCCCAGAGGAGGACAAAUCGCUCUUGUUCAGAUGGAUGCCAGACUGCACCAGGAUCACCUGGAAUCACUGAUUGAGGCUGCGAUGUCUGCUUGUAAAGGUGUGAGCAAGGUGCUGGAUGAGGUAGUGAGGCAGCAUCUUCAAGAAGCCUCGGUGCUCACCAGAGAGUGAUGAAAAGGUGAAUAUCUGAACUGAGAAUCUGUUAACAGCUCUUUUUUUAAUGUUAUUUUAAUUCAUAUUGUUUUGCUAUAUUUUUGUUGA